AUGGGUCAGCAGCCAGGGAAGUUUGUCGGCGACCAGAGGAGACCCAGUCUUCCAGCCUUCAUCAAGGGUGUGAAGAGGGAGUCCACACGACAUGGGACUCAUCCUACUAACGUCUUUGCUGUACACGAAGCCCUCCAGAGACCAGACUUUGAGAGUCAAGGUCUGACCGAAGCAGCCCGCUGGAACUCCAAAGAGAACCUCUUAGCAGGACCCAGCGAAAAUGACCCCAAUCUGUUCGUGGCACUGUAUGACUUUGUGGCCAGUGGUGACAACACACUCAGCAUUACUAAAGGCGAGAAGCUGCGUGUGCUGGGCUAUAACCACAAUGGCGAGUGGUGUGAGGCGCAGACCAAAAAUGGCCAGGGCUGGGUGCCUUCGAACUACAUCACGCCUGUUAACAGCCUGGAGAAACACAGCUGGUACCACGGGCCCGUAUCUCGCAACGCCGCCGAAUACUUGCUUAGCUCGGGGAUCAACGGCAGCUUCCUUGUGCGUGAAAGCGAGAGCAGUCCCGGCCAGAGGUCCAUUUCCCUACGCUACGAGGGGAGAGUCUACCACUACAGGAUCAACACGGCGUCUGACGGCAAGCUGUACGUGUCGUCAGAAAGCCGCUUCAACACACUGGCCGAACUGGUGCACCACCACAGCACGGUGGCCGACGGCCUGAUCACCACGCUGCACUACCCAGCUCCCAAGCGCAACAAGCCCACCAUCUAUGGUGUGUCCCCGAACUAUGACAAAUGGGAGAUGGAGCGCACCGACAUCACCAUGAAGCACAAGUUGGGCGGCGGCCAGUAUGGGGAGGUGUACGAGGGCAUUUGGAAGAAGUACAACCUUACUGUGGCCGUCAAAACACUUAAGGAGGACACAAUGGAAGUGGAGGAGUUCCUUAAAGAGGCUGCUGUUAUGAAAGAGAUCAAACAUCCCAACCUGGUGCAACUAUUAGGUGUGUGCACGCGGGAGCCUCCGUUCUACAUUAUCACUGAGUUCAUGACCCACGGCAACCUGCUGGACUACCUGCGGGACUGUAACCGAGAGGAGGUCAAUGCCGUGGUACUGCUCUACAUGGCCACCCAGAUUUCCUCAGCAAUGGAAUACCUGGAGAAAAAGAACUUUAUACAUAGGGACCUUGCUGCCCGCAACUGUCUGGUGGGUGAAAACAACCUCGUGAAGGUGGCAGACUUUGGCCUGAGCAGACUAAUGACAGGGGACACGUACACAGCCCACGCAGGAGCCAAGUUCCCUAUCAAGUGGACGGCUCCGGAGAGCCUGGCCUAUAACAAAUUCUCCAUCAAAUCAGAUGUGUGGGCAUUUGGUGUGCUGUUGUGGGAGAUCGCCACCUACGGGAUGUCCCCUUACCCCGGCAUCGACUUGUCCCAAGUGUACGAGCUGCUGGAGAAGGACUACCGCAUGGACCGCCCCGAGGGAUGCCCUGAGAAGGUCUACGAACUCAUGAGAGCUUGUUGGAGGUGGAACCCUUUAGAACGUCCGUCUUUUGCAGAAACCCACCAAGCCUUUGAGACCAUGUUCCAGGAGUCCAGCAUCUCUGACGAGGUGGAGAAGGAGUUGGGGAAGAAAGGGAAGAAGGUGAUGUUGGGCUCCGUUCAGCAGGCUCCAGAACUUCCCACCAAGACCAGAACUCUGCGUAAAAAUAAGGACAAUCGAGACGGAGAUAGUCCAGGUAUCAUGUGUGUGACUGUCACGAAUCUUAUUUCAUCCUCCUCAGACCCCUUGGACCCCGAGAUCGCACUUCCCUCCCCGAUGCUUCCCAGGAAAGAACGCCCCCUCCUGGACGGCAACCUGAAUGAAGAUGACCGGCUGCUUCCCAAGGACAAGGACAAAACGCGUGGCGGUUUUCUGAGCCUCAUCAAAAAGAAAAAGAAGAACGCUCCGGCGCCUCCUAAGCGCAGCUCCUCUUUCCGCGAGAUGGACGUUCACCCUGAUCGGCGGGGUGGGUGUAUGGACCCUCGGGACGCUGACUGCUUCAACAACGGUGGAUCUUUGGCUAUUAACGAUGCCGCGCACGCAAUCGAAUCCUCAAAGUUUCUGGCUACAAAUAAUAACGGCACAAAUGGAGCUCCCACUUACCCAGGACCCUUGUUCCCCCGGAAGAAGGGGGCGCCUGCUGUGCCCGCGCCUAUGAGCAAGGCAGCCGUCACCCCUCCUGGAGAAGAAGAAGUCAUGACGAACUCUAAACGCUUCUUUUGGUCCUCCAGCCUACCGGCUGGGUCAGACGGCACCCAGUGGAGGUCUGUCACUCUCCCAAGGGACUUGGGCCAGAGGCACUUUGACUCUGGUACCUUUGGGGGCAAACCAGCGCUCCCGCGCAAGAGGACGAGCGAGCAGAAAGGGGACGCCGGCUCUCGAAAGGGAACCCUGACUCCACCUCCGCGUCUGCCCAAGAAGGCAGAAGAGUCGCCAGAUGAUGCGCCGAAAGACGCUGAACCGAGUCCAGGAUCCAGUCCUCAGGCUUUAACCCCCAAGGUAGUCAAAAGGCUCGGGCUCCCGGAGAACUCCAAGACGAGCGCUCUGCAUGCUGAGCUUCUCAAGCCCAGUGUCUUUCCGGCGUUGGGAGCUGCCGGAGAUGAGUGCCGGGCCCGACGCAACAAGCACACCACUGACACCCGAGAGAAAGGGAAGUUCCAGAAGACCAAACCCGCUCCUCCGCCACCCCCUGCCAACGCUAAGACGGGCAAGACCUCCCGCAGUCCCGCUCAAGAUCUCCCGUCCCCUUCAUCAGAAAUCAAAGCUAAAGGGCUCCCGUCCACUCCGGAGCCUCAACACGGAACCACUCCCGGCGAGGGGGCCAAGAAGCUGCCCCCGAGCUGCAACUCCAAACCUCAACCACUCAAAACCUCCGCCUCGGCGAGCGGCUCCCUUGGUGGCGACCCGCAGGGCACGCCCGCCGCCUUCAUCCCCCUCGUUAACCCUCGCCGAUCGCUUCGCAAGACUGCUCCACGGCAGGCCUCGGAGCGCACGCCCAACUCUGCCGUGACCCUCGAGAUGGUCCUGGAGGGCGCCGAGCUUCUCCGCGCAGCCAUCGGCCGCAACUCUGAACAGACCGGCAGCCACGGUGCCGUCCUCGAGGCCGGCAAGAACCUGUCCAAGUUCUGCGUCAGCUACGUGGACUCCAUCCAGCAAAUGCGUAACAAGUUUGCCUUUCGCGAGGCAAUCAACAAGCUGGAGAGCAGUCUGCGCGAGCUGCAGAUCUGCCCCACUGCGUCCGGGGGCGCCAAUGCGCAGCAGGACUUCACCAAACUGCUGUCUUCCGUCAAGGAGAUCAGUGACAUUGUGCAAAGGUAG